UUCUACUAUGACUACCAGCACUCCCUCUUUCAUUAACGGUAAGGACGAGGCUCCCACUCUACCAGAGGUCCAACCCACAGAGAGCCAGAUAAGGCGUAUGACUAGGAUGGCCCUUCAACACGGCGCUGUCAAUUUGGCCCAGGGGUUUCCCAACGAGCCACCCGAUUUCGCAGUCAAGGACCAAGUCGUACGAGCUGUUAUCGGUGGUAACUCCGAUAAUGCUCAAUCCUUGAAGUCCCUGAAUGUUGAGCCCCUGGUCAAGGCUGGUAGUACUACGCUGAGCUCCUUGCUGUCAGCAGUGGAGGGCUCCAUGUCGGGCAACGAUGAACUAAACCAGUACGCUAUCCCUUAUGGCAGGACUGACCUUAGGCAGUCGAUUGCUAAGUACUACCAUCACUUUUACAAUUUCGACGUGGACCCUGAGGAGGAGCUCACCGUGUGUCUUGGCGCUACCGAGUCAAUGGCUUGCACUCUGAGGGCUAUAUGCAAACCGGGCGAAUCGAUACUUAUUUUCGAGCCCUUCCACGAGAUCUACCCCAACCAGGCCGCUGUCUACUAUCUGCAUACUAAAUACUGCAGGCUCUAUGAAGGUGAGGACGACAAGUGGUAUGUAGAUUGGGAUAUGCUUGAGGCCAGGCUGCGAGAGGGUGGCGUUAGAUGUAUCGUUCUCAAUACGCCCCACAACCCUACUGGUAAAGUGUUUGAGAAGGAAGAGCUUGCUAAAAUUGCCGAGCUCGCCGUGAAGUACGACACUUACGUUGUGACCGAUGAAAUAUACGAGCAUAUGAUUUUCGAAGGAGAACCUCACCAAAUUAUCGCCUCCUUGCCAGGCAUGCGUGAACGAUCUUUCAUCAUCAGUGCUAUUUCGAAGUCGGCCUCAGCAACAGGGUGGAGGGUAGGCUGGGUUAUCAGCCCUCGCAAGUACACUGAAAUCAUCAGAGCUGUUCACGACCAGACGGUACUACAAUCACCGUCACCUAUGCAAUAUGGCACAAUCGCCUUCACUGAGCUCAGUGAUAACUAUUUCAAGCAUUACCUUCCUGAGAAGUACCAGAGAAGGCGAGACUUAUUCGUACCAGCCCUCCGAGAACUCGGCUUCAAAGUCACUACACCUCACUCGGCAUAUUACGCGUUUGCCAAUUUUCGUGAGGUGCCCAAACUGAAGGGAAUGUCGUCUUGGGAGGCCACCGACUACCUUGUUGAGGAGGGUGGUGUUGCUGGGGUGGCCGGGGCUAACUUUUGUGAGAAGGGCUCGGGUAGAGGGGAGGAUUAUAUACGGUUCUGCUUCUGCCGAACUGAUGACGAGUUGAUGACGGCCAUUAACCGUCUUAGGAAGGCAUUGCAGUGAGACUCCUCUUUCUUCUUCUGCUGCUGCUCCUCCUUUUUGUUUACUAUAUCGUCGAGCUCUGCAGGCAGUCUCCUGCUAGUCCU